UGACGUUACCAGCUCCUCUAGGAAUAUGAGAUAAAAGAAGCUGCUGAGAUCUGUUGAUCACCCACUCACUCUGCCGGAGCCACCCCAGAGCCAUGGUUCCCCGAGGCUGUAUCCUGGCUGUCUUGGCUGUUCUCUGCAUCUCCAGGCUCCUCUGCUCACAUGGAGCCCCAGCUCUGUCUCCUCCAGUGGUCCCCAUGAGUCCUUACCUGAUGCUGUGCCAGCCACACCUCAGAUGUGGGGACAAGUUCUACGACCCCCUGCAGCACUGUUGCUAUGACGGUGCCAUCGUGCCCUUGACCAGGACCCGGGGGUGUGGAAACUGCACCUUCAGAGUCUGCUUUGAGAGAUGCUGUUCCUGGUACCGCAGCCCCCAGCCAUCCCUCAUGGUGAAGCUGAUAGGCCAGAGCUGCACCUCAGAACCCACCUCGGACGACAAGCCUUGUCACAGGUGAGUCCUGUCCCCUCUCCAUGGGAUUGUGGGUGCAGGGGAGCAGGGAAGCCGCAUGCCCGUUCUGCCCUGGGUGGAGCCCCCAUUCUCCGUGUCUCCCUGUCUCUGCCCCCUGCCUCUAUUCAGUCCACCUCUCCCUUUCCCUCCAUCUGUGUUUCUUCCUCCACUUAUUUUUACUUCCCUCUCAGAACCUCACUCUCUCAACACUGCCAUCCUCUCCUCCUGGCUCUCCUGUCCUCUUUUCUGCCCAUGUCCAGUCUCUCCCCCAUCUCUGGGCAUCUCUGUCCUGCUCAGUGUCUCUCUCUGUCACUCUCUCCAGUCUCAGCUGAUGGAACAUCAGGGGAACAAUAACUUCUGGUUUCUGUUUCCUGGAUGGUCCUGGAGAGAGAGGCUGGGGUCACCUGAGAUCUGGGAUGCUGAGUGGCUAUUUGGGGGCAGGAGAAACACACACUCAACGCCCCCCCUCCCACUUCAUUCUGCGACCUGUUUGACGCCCACCCUGCAUGUGUCCUGAGGAGGGCCACAGGUGCCCUUCUAGGAUUCUGGACAGCAGGAGAUGCAUGUGCUGAUGAGGGCCCAGGGACUCUGACCCCUCAUGAUGACUGACCUCUAUGGCCAACAUCAGGGAGGCACCACCCCAAGGCUGGCGGGGAAAGCCUCACCAUUCUGUGAGAUUUUCCAUUACCUCAAGUUCUUUUCUAUCCAGGAGCAAAGCGCAGGACCAUAAUAAAUGUAUGUACUUUAUAAA